AUGUUUAAAAGUAUAAUAGUUAAGUGGAGGUUAACCUAGAGGAAAACAAACACGAAAAUAUGGCGACAAACGAGAAACUACAAAAUAAGUUUGUCCAGUAUUUUAUGGUCUCCGGACUAGAUGUUAACUUCGGGUUAGAACCUGAUGAAAUACUUCACUCCUUGGAUUUAAUCCCUGGAGAUACAUCACCUCUAGAUAGAUCUUACAAACCUAGAAUACUCAGACAUUAUCCUGAUAUGACAUCAUGGAGUCAUUUUAAUCCCGAAGCAUUGUCCAGACUGUGUCUACCAAAUGGUCUCAGGUUUAGUAAUGAUAAAUCAAGAUAUCCUCCCUCUUGUCAUCCCUUUGUGCUAACUAAGGAGGAUGGAAGUAAAAGCUGUGGGUUCUCCUUGGUUUAUCUGGAGGAGGUUAAGGACUUGAAUGUUUGCCACGCCCUCCAUUCCCUCCAGAAAAUGCAUAAUACAGAAACUGAAUGUGGAACUAUUAAGAAAACAGAACGUGUCCGACCAAGCUCAGCUGGAAGACAAAAUAAUGCUAGAUCGAGGUCUUUGCCACGGCAUUAUACUACCCGGCUCUCAGGUUCCACUCUAGAGCUUUCAACCGCCAGCUAUGAUUACAGAAAUGACACGUUGUACGCUACUAAAUCUAUUUCUUUAAUUUGUUCUCUUCCUCUUCAGCAUGCAGCUAGCCAGGUUCUGCACUCUAUUCAUCGAUUCAUCAACCGUACAGACUAUGAUAUUAAUAUACUAGAGUCUUUUAUUUACAAUUUGCUGUACGAUAUCCCUCUACCUUCGCCUGGCCGAUCAGUACGCUUCUGGUGUUUAGGAGAAGUUGCCUCUAUCAGUUUACCGAAGGUUCCAGUAGAGUUGGAUCUGUUCGAUUAUCCUCUUAUCCAGUUCUUUGAUCUUCUUGGGGUAACUUAUUACAAAAUAACAAUAAUA